GCGCAUUUCACUUGUGUGUGUCACGCUUUCCAUUUCCUAUCCACCUCCCUCGCUCGCAUCUCCACUUCUCCACCUGCUUUCCUCUACACCGCCUAGCCGCGCCGCCGCGGCAGCUCCAGCCGCCGGCGCCGCCCCUGUCACGGGGCGGCACCGCUCCCGCUGCGCCGGAUCUAGGUACACACCGUGAGCCCCCCACCCCACCCACCAACCCACAAACACGACACACACUGGUUCUGCCACCGACCUUUCCGGCUAGUGCCGCCCGUCUCCGACGAGAGCGGGAGCCGUCGAGGCAGCGGGCUUGCGCCUACGCUGUUCUUGUCACGACGGGGGCCGUCUCGUUUCCCCCCUGCCACCGCAAGAGGAGAGGGCGCAACACAAGAUGGUGCAUCUAAGAUUUACUGGUGCGUCCGAUAGUCGCUCGAGCAAAUCACGAGAGACUAUAGGCGAUGUGAUACAUGGCAAGGCCAUCACCACGAAGUUAUCUCUUCCAAAAAUCCGAACUAUCAUUAAGAAGUUGACUCCUAGACAGAGGGACUUGGUCAGGGCUCGCGGAUUUGGAACAAUGCUGGAUAUUAAUUGCUCUCAGUUGCCAAGGGAUUUGGGAGUUCGCCUAGCGAUCUGGUUUGAUUGUGACAGUCGAACUGUAAAUGUUGCAAAUGUUGGCAGCUUCAAGAUAAACCCUUUCACAGUCCACCAGAUUCUUGGUAUACCGUUGGGUGGUCGGUUAAUUGACAAGAUAGCAACAAGUGAGGCCAGGAGGGUCAUUGCUGAAGACACCGGAAUACAUUCUACUGGGCCUAGCAUUUCACACCUGAUGAAGUUAUUGUCCAAUGACCUCACUGAUGAAAAGUUCCUUAGAAUCUUCAUGCUCAUUUUAUUGUCAACCUUCCUGUGUCCAACCAGUCACUCCUGUGCGAGCCCAGACUACUUCAAUGGCAUUGUUGACACUGAUGAUAUCGCCAACUAUGACUGGUGCAGCUUUGCAUUAGACUGGUUAGUGGAAAAGAUCAGACAGUUUCAGAUCUCCUUGUCCAAGCCAGCCGUGAAAGGUAAAGAGCAGUCUAUCUCUCUUGGAGGAUGCUUGAUGAUUCCUUUGGUAAUGUUCUUUGAUUAUCUCGAUCUAAAAGGAACAAAGAUUCGCAACUGCAUCCCACGGUUACCAGCUUGGGAUGAUAAAGCCAUCAGCGCGUUUGACAAUAUAAAUUUUGCACAACUAAAGUUCAAAGACAUAACUAAAACAUGUUUCAUGGAAAAGCCAUCAUGUAUUCCAUCGUCUCAUUCUUUGCCAAAUGGAGUUGCUCAGUUCAUCGACGGACUUAUCCCAUCUGAUGAUGAUUUCAGGGCAAAGAUGAAGGAGAUGUGCUCCGAAUUUUACAAGACGUCAAUGGAUGCAUGCUUUAAUGCACUACAGCCAGUCCUUGCAAAGCAGAUGUGCACAAUGGUUGAAACUAUUCAGAACCAGGUCAAUAACAGAGCUUCAUCAUCUUCAACACCACCAGUCAAUGAACUGACCUGCAAGGAAUGUAACUCACAGAAAUGCACAAUGCGGGAUGGUGUAUCCGCCACACCGCUCCAAACAGUUAUAGAUGCAGAGUUUCACAAUCCUUCAGUGGGUCCAGCACUGGGUACGGUAGAGAGCACUGGUGGUGGUGAUAUAUUUCAUUACGACCCAACUGAUGAAGAUGUGGUUAAUGUCCUGCUGCAAUUACGCCGCCAUGGAGGGUCUGUUAUGGGGGAUACACCUUUUGGUGCCCUCGUUGCUGACCAACCUGUUGUUGCCAUGUCAAGUGAGCAAGAUUUUGGUACGGAGGAUUCGCCGUCAGCUGCUACUGAAGUUGGGCACCCAGAAAACAAUCAAAUUUUUGCCGCUGAAUGCUCCAGGGCCUCCAAGAGGCACAAGGCACAUUGACCUCGCUGUUUACAUUGACUAUGAAUCUGAAUCCUCCAGGCCCCUGAGAAUUCAGAAAACCAGAAAUUCAGCUUGUGGAGACAAACAGAAACGUCAGGUUGGUCAUGAUUUUGCAGAACAGGUCCUAAACCCCCAGCAUCCCCAGGUUUCUGCAUCGAUACUAGAACGCAUGAGAGCUAAUCCCGAACCCUGAACGAUUCGAUUGGGUGCUUUUGCAAAACCUGUACUGGAAUUAUCCUGCUCUGUUGCUAGCUGAAGCCUGACAAUCAGAAUGGCCGAAGUUAUCUUGUCGUUCUAAAAGAGUGAAGUACUUGGUUUGGUGGACUAUAGAGAACAUAACAGGUCACCGUUUUAGCGAUUUCCUAGCCUCUCAUGUUGUAAAAAUUCGUUGGAUGUUGUAUUCUCUCGAACUGCAAUGCUAUUCUGCCUGAUGAAUGCCGAUUUGAACCCUGAAA